ACCUUUGAUCCUCAACACCGCCCAAUUGUGGAGUUUGCUUUAGACAAUGUCCAGAAACUAAAGCUUCGCACAGAAAAGCUUCAAUCUAAACAACAGGCUCCUCACAGAUUCACGAAUGAUAUGCAGAAAAAUGAUCAUACAAACACAGUGGGCCACGCUUCAAACACGAACUCCAGAAAACGCAAGUCCAGAGAUAAAGAGGCAUCAUUGAAGGAUACAGUUGGAGAUAAAGCUAGGAUAUUAAAAGACAAACUUAGUGAGAACCCCACUGGUGAAGAAGGCAGUUCUUUGAAAAAGCAGAAAGGUUCGAAAAGCAGUGUACCAGAUAAAAAGAUGAAAAACCAGAACAAAGAAAAAGGCCCGUCUAACAUUGUCGAUAAGAAGCCAGAAAUACGAGAAGUAGUCGUGACUAGAAAAAGAAAGGCAUUCAAUGUUCAACCCAAACAAUCGAAAGAAGAUUUGAGAAGUAGAAAACGGGGUAAAAAAAGUGAGCCGGUGGGACGUGAUGUUGGGGAUAAGCUCGACUUGUUGAUCGAACAAUACAGAGCCAAAUUUGCAGGGAAUGACUCUGCUGAAGCUGAGGGCAAGAAGCAGAGCUCCAAACGUCUUAAAAGGUGGUUUGAGUCAUAA